AUGGGGAUUGAGGGGCUGGGGGUGAACUGGGGCACCAUGGCCAACCACAAGCUGCCGCCGAAGACGGUGGUGCAGCUUCUCAAAGACAACGGCAUCAACAUGGUGAAGCUCUUCGACGCCGAUCAAUCCACCAUGAGCGCCCUCGCCAGCUCCGGCAUCGAGGUCAUGAUCGCCAUCCCCAACAACCAGCUCUCUGCCAUGAACUCCUACGCCCACGCCAAGGGCUUCGUCCGCCACAACGUCUCCCGCUACAAUUUUGACAGCGGCGUCACCAUCAAGAAAGAACUCGCAUUUUACCCCAUUUUCUCCCUCAAUUUAGCCCUAAUUCUUCCCCUGUUGCCCCAAAUAAUACAGAAUGCUUUGAACGAAGCUGGCCUCGGCGACUCCAUCAAAGCUACAGUCCCAUUGAAUGCUGACGUGUACGGCUCCCCUAAAACCAACCCGGUUCCCUCCGCCAAGAGGUUCCGGCCGGAUAUCCUCCCUCAAAUGACCCAAAUCUCCAGUUCCUAG